AUGGUUCGACUAACAGUGGACCUAAUUGCUAAAAAUGCCGGUCACAAGAAUCGUAGUGAAGAGGACUUUGGACAAUAUCUGCAAAAAAUAACUCAUCUGAAUUUGUCAGAUAAAAAUAUAGAUUCAAUUGGUGACCUCUCUUUCUGUAAAAAUCUGAGAGUUCUAUAUUUAUAUGACAACCAAAUAAACCAAAUCCAGAACUUGGACUUUGCUUCAAAUAUAACACACCUUUACCUUCAGAAUAAUCAUAUUUCAAGUAUAGAAAAUCUUUCAUCACUGAAAAAACUUGAAAAACUGUAUUUAGGAGGCAACUAUAUCACUGUAGUAGAGGGUUUGGAUAAAGUAGGAGAACUAAGGGAGCUACAUAUUGAAAAUCAACAUCUCCCUCUAGGUGAAAAGCUUCUGUUUGAUCCAGUAUCUCUUAACUCCCUGGCAAAAUCUUUGUCUGUAUUGAAUAUCAGCAAUAACAACAUUGAUGAAUUAGAAGAACUGGCAGUUUUGGAAAAUCUUUCUUAUCUUAAAGCAGUCGACAAUCGACUUAAGCAUAUCAAGGAUUUGGAAGUUGUAUUAAAAAAAUGGACAAAACUACGCAGAAUAGAUCUUACAGGAAACCCCAUCUGCCAAAAACCAAAGUACAAGGACAGGAUUAUAGUACAGUCAUUGACUUUAGAAUCCCUCGAUGGGAAAGAAAUUCAAGACAUGGAAAGACGUUUCUUAAUGAAUUGGAGAGCCUCCAGAGCUGCCAGGAAAAAAAACAAUGAAAGAAUGGCAGAUGAACAUACAGCCUAUGCAGAGUUUUCUGACUCUGUAACACCUUAUCUCGCUCUUCCUUCUCACCACAGUGACUCUGUGAAAGAAAGAAUAAAUUUUUUAGAUUUGGCUCACAAGCUGAAAGUUGAAAGAAAGCCUCUGCCAAGAAUCUGUGAAAGAAGAAGUCAGGUGAAACCUCAGGUGUGUUUCUCAAACAUCUUCCUUUUAGUUAUGCCAGUUAUUGCUUGUACAGCUCUUGCUGAAUCAGUUAGAAAAUGA